GGUUAAUCUAAUCGAAGGUGAUGAAAUUGACAUUAAUAACUUAUUUAAUCGAGGUUUUAAGAUUUUCAAACUAUUUUUUUCACACAUUUUAUUUAAUUUAUUGUAAUAUAUUUAAUGAGAUAUCAUACAUAUAUUUAAAUUAUGUAAAUAUAAUAAAUGUAUAAUUUUAGUAAGAUGUAAUAUCUAUCCUUUGGUUAUGCAUAGGACUCCUAUAUAUUAGCAAAGAACAUAUCUUGUCUUGCUCGCUAGGGAAACGGAACGAAUCAUUGACGCGCAGUGUACGUUAUUUAGCUCCGCUAUUGCGCGCGCAUGUGUCAUGUGUCGGAAAAUCUCACGAUUUGUGAGAUUAUUGCACCGCUGAACGCUGCAUAAGUAUGAUAAGUGCUUAUUUGAUAUUUAUUUGAGUGGAUCGGUAUGUCCUGAUCGCAUUUACAUCGGACGUGGCCAUUAAGAUUAAGAAGAAGAGUAGAUCGGUGUCAGUUUUCGCGAAAUCUACAUAAUUUUCUUUGAUAUAAAUGUUGAAGAGAGAAAGUUUUGUACAUAUAUAUUUAAAAGAAAAGAAAAUUAAAAUUAAAAAAGGACAACAGUAGUUUCCGAAGAACGAUUAAUUCCUUAUUAAAUGUCGACAGUGUGUAAGCCUAUGAUAAAAAGUAUAUUACUUCAUGAUAUAAUGAUAGAUGAAAUGUUAUAACACAAUUAAUAUAAAACAACAAUUGUCAAAGAAAGAGAGAGAGAGAGAGAGAGAGAAAGGAUUGAUAAACUUACAAGUAGCAUUAUACAUUAUAUUUAAAAUGCCAAGUUCAUAUUUAUAUGCUAUUAACAAUGAAGGGCGUGUAUUUGGACUGUCAACAUCUGGAAAUAUGUGGCGUGAAUUUAUGUAUCUAGGACUUGAAUUUAAACAGUUAUCAGCUGUGCCACAUUUUAUGUGGGCGAUUGGCGGUGAUCGACAAGUUUACGUUCAUGUUCAUGGCUUGGACAUACCAAUCAGAAUUAAAGAAGAAACUUAUGAGAAUGAGCGAUGGUUGCCUUUGGAAGGUUUUUCCGGAAGGUUACUUCCAACUGACAGAUAUAAUUUUUCAAAUCAAGAUGGUACAAUUGAUCGUAGCAGAGAUAAAGUAAAAUUGCCAUCAAUGGCAUGGCAAUGGGAAGGUGAUUGGCAAAUAGAAACAACGUUGGACGGCCAACCAUUAGAUCAUGAUGGAUGGACAUACGCAAUUGAUUUUCCAGCUACAUAUACUACAAAAAAACAGUGGAAAUCCUGUGUAAGAAGACGCAAAUGGGUUCGUUAUCGGAGAUAUAGCGCUAUGAAUUCAUGGUGUGCUAUUGCACCUCUUCAUAAAGAUCCAACCAAGGAACCUUUUAUUGAUGUAGCUAUCGGUGGAAAUCAGAUGCCUGGUAGUAACUCUGGAAGUUUAGUAGUCUGGGCGGUAACUGCUCACGGAAGGGUGAUGUUUCGUGUUGGGACUAGUACAACUUGUCCUGAAGGACAAAGAUGGAGCUGUAUUAAAUUGGCAAAUGGUUAUGAAGUUUGUCAAAUCAGUGUUGGAGUAACUGGUCUUGUUUGGGCUGUACUUACAGUAGGCAAAGCAUUGAUUCGUACGGGCGUAACGAGAGACAAUCCAAUGGGUGAAGAUUGGUCAGAAGUGGAACCUCCGCAAAAAGACUUGAGAUUGGUACAAGUUAGCAUAGGCACUGAUGCUGUAUGGGCUGUAACGCAUGAUGGUGGAGUAUGGUUUCGAAAGGGUGUUCAAGGCGAAAUAAGUGGCGUUUGUGAACAAUUGGCUACUGGUACCGGUUGGGUUGAAAUGUUGAGCAAAAUGGCAUUGGUAUCUGUUGCUCCAAACGACCAAGUUUGGGCUAUUGGCUAUGAUGAUCGAUGUUUGUAUUACCGUACUGGUAUUGCACGCUCCGAAUUAACGGGAAAACGUUGGAAAUUAAUCAACGCGCCACUUCAAUUGAGUAGAGCAAGUAGUAAUGCUAGUUUAUCAUCUAGCAACAGGCAUAGUACUUGCGGCACACCACAACAGCAGCGUCAUCAGAGUUGGAGUUCCUUGAAUCGACCUCAUAGUACUGGUGAAGGUACAAUGUUAAUUAGAGAAUGGGAAGAGCAAUCACGUUCGGCGCCAACACCCACGUCUUUAAAAUUAUGGCAACGUACCGGGGACAGCGUAUCUACAAAAAAUGUUCAACAAACAUCUUUUCAAGAUAUAUAUUUAAAUGAAGAGAAGAAGAGAGAGAGAUCUGCAAGUUCAAUUGGUGCAGGUGAUUUAAAUGAAGCAAGUGUUGCUAAUAUAACUAUAUCUAAUGAAUCUUUAACAAAAAGUGGAGAAUCGAUAAUCGUCUCGGGAAAAGGAAUGAGCAGUACUGUUAAGAUUAAUCCUGCUGCUUGGAGUCCUGUACAUUCUGUCGGUUCCAUGGUGGGUGUUGAAGCACAUCCAGAAACAGAUGGAAGUGUAUUUGAUCCAGAUUUAACUGGAGAUUCUGGUGUGUAUGGUGAGGAUGAAAGUGCAGGCAUAAUAUAUUGGAUCGAAUGUGAUGUGAUGUGGUACAAGGUGGAAGCUGGGGCAUGCUUUGUUGAUCCGACAAAUCCGCCGAAAUGGAUCACAGAUGGUAAUGGUACAAUACAAGGGGAAACUGGAGAAUUAUGGAGAAUAUACAUUUUGGAUGAAUUAAAGUCGAGAUUAAAGAAAAUGUCAUUUGAUUCUUCAAUGAUAUAUGAGAAAGCGGUUGAAAAAUUAUCGUGGGUGAAGAGUGGCGAUGCAAAAUGUAAAAUUAAAAAUGGAAGUUUAUAUGAAGAUUGUAAGAUUGAAUUAGAAUGGAUAAGUAGUGAUACUGGAUCAUUAGAUUCUGGGACCUUAAUAAUAUUAAAUUCGGACGGCAUAACAAGCAUAAUACAAUUUCCUGUUUCGGAAAUUACAUGUGUCGUUUGCUGCAGUGAACCAGGUAAUCCAAGGAUAGCAAUCUAUACUCCUAAAUUAAAACGUUCAAAAGUAAUUAGAUUACAAUUUGCGAGUGAUACAGAAAUGGAAGAUUGGUUGGCACAUUUAACUUCAGUAUCUUGCCAAAUAAAUAAUGUAUAUGGUAGACCUGGUCCAAAUUCUAUUUGGAGCACAACUGCAUUAGGUGAUGUGUAUGUGUUUGAUCCUGCAGUUGCAGAGGAAUGUCAAUUAUCUGAAGACGGAUAUAUACAAGAAAUAGAUAUAGCUGGUAAAGACAUGCCAUUUGAAAGUAUAUUACAAAAUGGUUUUGGAUAUGGUAGUACCUUAAAAAUUACAGUAUGCGUUCAUGACGAUGCUGACAGAUUGUCUUUUAAUCUUGUCUGUUAUACCACAACAUUUGUGAAGCAAAGGACUAUAAUGGAUAGUCAUGAUGUAGCUUUGCAUUUUAAUCCAAGACUCAAAGAAAAUAUUAUUGUACGGAAUACAUAUCAGAAUGGUCAAUGGGGAGAUGAGGAAAGAAAUGGAGGUAGUCCAUUAAAAGCGGGUUGUGACUUCACGUUAUACAUUAUUUGUGAAGAACGCGGUUAUAAAAUCUACAUUAAUGAGAGCGAAUAUACCUUUUAUAGCCAUCGAAUAUCUCCGCAAAGUAUUACACAUUUGCGAAUUAAGGGAUUGCUGACUUUAUGUAAUAUUACAUAUAAAUCCACAUUUAUAAUUAUUGAACCUAGCACGAUGUUUUGGAGACAAAUUGGUGGACAUUUGAAAAAAGUUGAGACAUGUUCUGUAGGUGUCACUUGGGGCAUUGGUUACGAUAGUACCGCUUGGGUAUAUACAGGUGGUUGGGGAGGCACAUUUCUUAAAGGUCUAGGAACUAGCAGUACUGGAAUAAAUACAAUGGUAGAUACCCACAAUUAUUAUGUAUACGAAAAUCAACGCUGGAAUCCAGUAACUGGAUAUACCGCGCAUGGACUUCCAACAGAUCGCUACAUGUGGAGUGAUGCAACUGGACGACACAAACGUACGCGAGAGCAUACAAAGUUAUUGUCAAUGCACUGGCAUUGGGUAUCAGAUUGGAUUGUCGACUUUCACACACCCGGUGGCGUUGAUAGAGAUGGCUGGCAAUAUGCUACUGAUUUCCCGUCACAAUAUCAUGGUAAGAAACAGUUUACCGAUUAUGUUCGAAGAAGACGAUGGUUUAGAAGAUGUCAACUAAUAACCAGUGGACCCUGGCAAGAACUAGGAAAUACCAAACUCGUUGAUGUCUCUUUAUAUGCAACUGGAAAGCCUGGCACAGAUGCUCCUAUUCAUGUUUGGGCAGUUGCCGCAAACGGUGAGGCUUUAUUCAGACGUGGUGUUUCGGAAUCUUGUCCGAUGGGUGUAUCAUGGGAACAUAUACCAAGCGACCAGCCUCUAAUUAAUAUAUCAUGCGGUCCAUGUGGACAAGUAUGGGCUGUUGGCAAAAAUGGUUCUGCCUGUUGGAGACUAGGCAUCAGUGCUACAAAACCGACUGGUAUACAAUGGCAGACUGUCGAGCCUCCUUCAGGAGCUCAAUUAAAGCAAAUUUCAGUAGGAUGUGAUGUAGUAUGGGCUUUAGAUAUAAAUGGUAGAUUAUCAGUACGCCGAGAGAUACAAUCCAAUGUUUUCCCUGAAGGAACCCAUUGGCAAACAUUACCCGCAAUGCCAAAUGAUCCGAUUCAUAUAGGUAUAAAAGACAUUUUCUUUUUGUACAACUUUAUUGUAUAUCAUUAUAUCUUUAAACUAAAUUAUAUGGUUGUAGAUAUGUCGGUAUUAAAUGCGAAGCAAGGAUUCCGGCAUGUAUCCAUUUCGAGGGAACAAGGACAAGUUUGGGCAAUUUCAGGAGCUGGUAUUAUUUGUCGAAGAAUUGGUGUUACUGAUGAAAAUUCCGCUGGAACCGGAUGGGUGACUGGUAUAGGGGCAAACUGGCAAAAUAUAAGUCUCGGAGGGCUUAUAAAUAAAACAAAGUGAUAUCUGUACUAUGCGAUAUUUUACAAUAUGCUGUAAUAAUAUAAAACAUGACAAUUUUGUAAUUGCCUUGUAAAAUACAAUAUGUGUGUAUACAUGUAUAUUAUAUGGAUAUAUGUGUAUGUCAACUUUUAAACAGUAAUUAUAUCUGUAAGAUAAAUUAUGCAUUAUGUACUUGACACUUGAUCACAGAAAUUUUUGCCUGAAUACGAUAGAUAUUUUAAUGAAGCUGAGAUGGCUAAAAUAAUAUAUGAUACAUACGCACACAGAGGGUUGGUAAGUGAUUAUGAUGAUAUUUGUAAUAUUACAGUUACCGUUUUUGGACAACUGUAAUAGUAACAGUGUUAUAAAUUUUAUCUUAAUGGAAAAAAUAACUGAUACAUUUUUUUGGUAACAAAUUCAACAAACAAUUUACUUUUCGAAAUUACUAUUAAAUUCUUCUAAAAAUUAAUAAAUAAAUAUAUUAAUAAUCAAUUUUAUUUUAAAUUAGAUCAUGUAAUUCUUACAAACCUUUACAUGUCAAAAAUAAAUUUGUCUCAUCAAUUAAUAUAUCGCGUCAGGAUUUUGAAAUUUUAUAAAGUUAAAGGUGUAAAAAAUAUUGCUAUUUUGGUCACAUUUACGAAUCUCGGUAAAAGAAAAACACUUUUUUUUAUUUACAUUGAUAAAA